AUGUCCAUCAUCCAGCAGCACACCAACGCCACGCUCAGCGACGCCUGGCGAACCAUCGACAUCGACGCCUACAACGAAGACUCCCCCGUCAACUUUGACGUGUCGACGCUGCACCCGCCCCAGCCCGAGGUUGGCGACGCCCAAGCCCGCCAGCUGGCCGGGCAGGUCCGCCAGCUCCUGCGGGCAGGCGAUGCCCAGGCCGCCCUGAUGGGAUGCCUCGAAGCGCCCGUGUACAACGGCACGGAUGCCGCAAAGGAAGCGCAUCUGCAGACCAUCAUGGAGGUGCUCCAGUCCAUCAAGGCGAGCGAGAUGAGCCCUCUGCUGCGGGGCAUCUACGAAUUGCACGGCGGGAGCGAGUAUCUCGACGUCUUGAUGAAGUACAUUUACAAGGGAAUGGCGAUGGGGCAUUCCGCCGCCGGGAGGGGAUCGAGGAUCACGCCUCAGUCCACGGGGGGGUUUGGCCAGGCCGGUGCUCGGGCGGGGGCUUCGAACGAGCCUGCGUCGGGGGCGAUGAGCGUGCUGCUCAGCUGGCAUGAGAAGGUGGUUGACGUCGCGGGCCUGGGGUGCAUCGGACGAACCAUGACGGACUGGCGGAGGCUGUGA